GCCCGGCGGAAGUGGACGGAGCGGAAGGGGAAAACAGAGCUCCUUUCCGGUGUAGAGGUACAGUUGAAGAAGCGGCUAAGGAACGAGGAGCUGUUUCUGAGGAUGACGCGGCAUGGCAAGAACUGCACUGCGGGAGCCGUCUACACCUACCAUGAGAAGAAGAAGGACACAGCGGCCUCAGGCUACGGGACCCAGAACAUCCGACUGAGCCGGGAUGCCGUGAAGGACUUUGACUGCUGUUGCCUGUCGCUGCAGCCCUGCCACGAUCCUGUUGUCACCCCAGAUGGCUACCUGUACGAGCGCGAGGCCAUCCUCGAGUAUAUUCUGCAUCAGAAGAAGGAGAUCGCCCGGCAGUUGAAGGCCUACGAGAAGCAGCGCGGCGCCCGGCGCGAGGAACACAAAGAGCUGCAGCGGGCAGCGGCGCAGGACCACGUGCGCGGCUUCUUGGAGAAGGAGGGGACCAUUGUGAGCCGGCCCCUCAACCCCUUCAUGGCCAAGGCCGCCUCCGGGACCGGCCCAGAUGAUGUCCAGCCGGGGCCCAGCGUGGGUCCCCCAAGUAAGGACAAGGACAAAGUGCUGCCCAGCUUCUGGAUCCCCUCACUGACUCCUGAGGCCAAGGCCACCAAGCUGGAGAAGCCGUCUCGCACUGUGACCUGCCCCAUGUCCGGGAAGCCACUGCGCAUGUCAGACCUGACACCCGUGCGCUUCACGCCUCUCGAUGGCUCCGUGGACCGCGUGGGGCUCAUCACGCGCAGCGAGCGCUACGUGUGCGCCGUGACCCGCGACAGCUUGAGCAACGCCACGCCGUGUGCUGUGUUGCGGCCCUCUGGGGCGGUGGUCACCCUCGAGUGCGUGGAGAAGCUGAUUCGGAAGGACAUGGUGGACCCAGUGACUGGUGACAAGCUCACAGAUCGUGAUAUCAUCGUGCUGCAGCGGGGCGGCACCGGCUUCGCGGGCUCUGGAGUGAAGCUGCAGGCCGAGAAGUCGCGGCCAGUCAUGCAGGCCUGAGUGUGCGCAGGAGACCAAAUAAACCGGCUUGGGUGCGCGUGGACGUGACGCCUUCAUUCGCAGCGCGCAGUCACACGAGCAGUGCCCCGAUGCCGUGCAGGCUGGAGUUUGCAAAAGUGGGCGGAGAAUACUGAAUGUGGCUUCACGUUAAGAGCAAAAUCUGCAUUGCAGGAUUGCAGGUGAAUGGGUAGCAUUAAAAUUGGUUCAAAGUGGUCGGAAGUCCAAGUCUGAGCCGUGACCAUGUGAGGGCGCCACGUUAAUAGGCUAAAUAUUAAUAGAAAUCCCCUCGAGCCGUGUGUUAGUAUUCCCAGAGUUAUGCCAAGUUGGUAGCAUGUGAGAUGUUCGGGAACGUGUCUUCCCGGGUAAAGUGUGACGAGACUCACAAAGGAAGUAAAGUUCUGUGAGAGCCCAGGUCCCCCGCACCUGGCCGCCGCAGGGUGGAAGGAAGAGGAAACCACAGUGUAAAGGCCCGGAGGCGGCAGGGUGCUUUGCAGACGUCAGGAGCAGAGGGAGUGAGGGCCCUGGUGGCGACGGGCAGAGCGGGAAGCCCAGAUCUGGGCCUGGGGAGGGCCAGCCCUGACCUCGAACUCUGGGACGGCCCUUAAAGUGGUGUUAAUAACCAUUUACUCACAAACGCAGUCCCUGGGCAGUGUGUAAAACUAUGUGUAGAACACGCAGUCAGGCAAAGAUGUAAAAAAUAAAGACCUAACGUUGGUGCCUCGCUGAA